AUGUUGAGCAUUGACGCCUUCAGCAGGACGUUCCUCAACGACGGGAAGGAGAUCAAGUUCGCCUCUGAUCUGUUAACCUUUAAGGGCUUCCUCUAUGAGGCCAAGGACAUGGCAUCCGCUGGCUCGAAAUGCCUCGACCAGCCCCUGGGUGUCUGUUUCGAGCAGCUGUGCUUCGUGACCAUCAGACAGCCAAGCGAGUGCCAGGAAGCCACCCUUCAGGAGUGUAAGAAAUCCGCAGAGGAGAUUCCUGCCCGUCAGGAGACCUGCGAGAACACUUUCAGGCAGCCAAUCGAGUGCCAGGAAGCCACCCUUCAGGAGUGUAAGAAAUCCGCAGAGGAGAUUCCUGCCCGUCAGGAGACCUGCGAGAACACUUUCAGACAGCCAAGCGAGUGCCAGGAAGCCACCCUUCAGGAGUGUACGAAGUCCGCAGAGGAGAUUCCUGCCCGUCAGGAGACCUGCGAGAACACUUUCAGACAGCCAAGCGAGUGCCAGGAAGCCACCCUUCAGGAGUGUACGAAGUCCGCAGAGGAGAUUCCUGCCCGUCAGGAGACCUGCGAGAACACUUUCAGGCAGCCAAUCGAGUGCCAGGAAGCAACCCUUCAGGAGUGUAAGAAAUCCGCAGAGGAGAUUCCUGCCCGUCAGGAGACCUGCGAGAACACUUUCAGACAGCCAAUCGAGUGCCAGAAAGCCACCCUUCAGGAGUGUAAGAAGUCCGCAGAUGUGAUUCCUGCACAUCAGAAGUCCAGCGAGAAGCCCCAACAGCCAAGCCAGCCUUCCCUUGAGUGGCUGAAGAAAGUUUCCGCGAUCCUUGACACGACUGAGCGUAUGAAACUGUUCAAGACUUAG